GGGGGCUGCGGCUGGAUUCGAUCCUGCGCGGCGGCGGAGAAGGCGGGGGCGGAGGCUCGCCCGGGCGACAGGGAGUGGAUUAGGGGAGGAGGGAAGACCGGAAGCCACGGUCGCGUCCCCAUCCUUACAUUCGCUCUCCUGGGCUGGCAACGGAGACGGAGGAGGGAGAGGCUGAAUGUUGGCUCCGUGAUAAAGGGAGCGGCCGCUCCGGAGCCUCCUCCCGGGGCGCUCCCCUCAUCCCGCCCGCCCUCCGCGCUCACCGGCUCCUAGGCGCGCCAUCCCAGCGGACCGGCCGGCCGGCCGGCAGACGUUUGCUGAAGAGGCACUGCCCGCGGCGGGGACUGGCCCGCGGCGUCCGAGGCCCGCGCCGCGCCGCCACCCCCACCCGCCUGCUCGCUGGUCCCUCUGGCCGCCGCCAUGUCCUCCUCCUCAUCCUCCCCCAGGGAGACGUACGAGGAGGACCGGGAGUACGAGAGCCAGGCCAAGCGCCUCAAGACUGAGGAAGGGGAGAUCGACUACUCGGCCGAGGAAGGCGAGAACCGCCGGGAAGCGACGCCCCGGGGCGGGGGCGAUGGCGGCGGCGGCGGCGGCCGGACCUUCUCGCAGCCGGAGGCAGGUGGAAGUCAUCAUAAAGUUUCUGUUUCGCCAGUUGUCCAUGUUCGAGGACUCUGUGAAUCUGUGGUGGAAGCAGACCUUGUGGAGGCUCUGGAAAAAUUUGGGACAAUAUGCUAUGUGAUGAUGAUGCCAUUUAAACGGCAGGCUCUAGUGGAAUUUGAGAACAUAGAUAGUGCCAAAGAAUGUGUAACGUUUGCUGCGGAUGAACCUGUGUACAUUGCUGGUCAACAGGCUUUUUUCAACUAUUCUACUAGCAAAAGGAUCACUCGACCAGGAAAUACUGAUGAUCCAUCAGGAGGCAACAAAGUUCUUCUGCUAUCAAUUCAGAAUCCUCUUUAUCCAAUUACAGUGGAUGUUUUAUAUACUGUAUGCAACCCUGUUGGAAAAGUGCAACGUAUUGUUAUAUUCAAGAGAAACGGAAUACAAGCAAUGGUUGAAUUCGAAUCAGUCCUUUGUGCCCAGAAAGCUAAAGCAGCACUCAAUGGAGCAGAUAUAUAUGCUGGAUGUUGCACACUAAAAAUCGAAUAUGCAAGGCCAACUCGUCUAAAUGUUAUUAGGAAUGACAAUGACAGUUGGGACUACACUAAACCAUAUUUGGGAAGACGAGAUAGAGGAAAGGGUCGCCAGAGGCAAGCCAUUUUGGGAGAACACCCUUCUUCGUUUAGACAUGAUGGCUAUGGAUCCCAUGGUCCAUUAUUGCCUUUACCAAGUCGUUACAGAAUGGGUUCUCGAGACACACCGGAGCUUGUUGCCUAUCCACUACCGCAGGCUUCUUCCUCUUACAUGCAUGGGGGAAAUCCCUCUGGUUCAGUUGUAAUGGUUAGUGGAUUACAUCAGCUAAAAAUGAAUUGUUCAAGAGUUUUCAAUCUGUUCUGCUUAUAUGGAAAUAUUGAAAAGGUAAAAUUUAUGAAGACCAUUCCUGGUACAGCAUUGGUAGAAAUGGGUGAUGAGUAUGCUGUAGAAAGAGCUGUCACACACCUUAACAAUGUCAAGUUAUUUGGGAAACGGCUUAAUGUUUGUGUGUCUAAACAACAUUCAGUUGUUCCAAGUCAAAUAUUUGAGCUGGAGGAUGGUACAAGUAGCUACAAGGAUUUUGCAAUGAGCAAAAACAAUCGCUUUACAAGUGCCGGCCAAGCAUCUAAGAAUAUAAUUCAACCACCGUCAUGUGUUCUGCAUUAUUAUAAUGUUCCACUGUGUGUCACAGAAGAGACCUUCACAAAGUUGUGUAAUGACCAUGAAGUUCUUACAUUCAUCAAAUAUAAAGUGUUUGAUGCAAAACCUUCUGCCAAAACGCUUUCUGGGCUGUUAGAAUGGGAAUGCAAAACUGAUGCAGUAGAAGCCCUUACAGCACUUAAUCACUACCAGAUAAGAGUUCCAAAUGGUUCCAAUCCCUACACAUUGAAGCUUUGCUUUUCUACAUCAUCCCAUUUAUAAGAAGAGAAGAGCAUGUUAGAAUUUAUGUUCACCUUUAUUACAGUUUUAAAGCUACACUUCAUUAAAAGAAAUUUAAAAUGGUUGAUCUAA